CCGCCCCCUCCUUUCUUCUUUCCUUCCUCCCCCCUCCCCCCUGCUCUCUUUCCGUCUCCUCCCCUCCACAUCUCAGAUCGCCAUGCCGGCCAUCGCCGGGAGCGGCACCCUGGCCGCCCCGCCCCUGGCCGAUGGCGAGUGCGUUGCUUCCACGCCGCUGGUCAUCCGCCGGUGGCUGCCGGACAGCGGUGUCGACGCCGGGCUCGACGCCACCGCCGAUGCUCCUGCCGCCAUGACGGCCACCAGCGGGGCCGAUGCCCCGCACGAGGGGGCCCCCGUUUCGGCGGAUGACAUGGCCGGUCAGUCGGCUGUCCCGGCCGCCGACCUGCCCCUUCCCUGGGCGGUCAGCGCGACGGCCACCUCCGGCCCGACCCCGCAGCCGGCCCGACGCGAUGCCAUCCCCACCGACGGGGCCAUCACCACCCUGCUGGGGACCCAGCCCGAGCAGACGCCCCGGCUGGCGGUCCUGUCGCCUGACGAGCGGUUUUUGGCAUCCGUCCGCCGGGACACCCCGGCCCCCGGCGGGUCGACCGCCGACCAGGCGACCGUGGCCUUCUUCCGUACGGCCACCGAGGAGGCCUUCUCCUUCCGGGUGGCCCACCCGGCCGGGCUGCCGCUGCCGACGGCCCACUGGCUGUCCUUCGGGCCGCGCGAUGCACGCGGUCUGGUGGCCCACAGCCCGGCCCUGGACAGCCUUAGCCCGCGGCAUGCGCUGGCCACCCUGGUCGGGGCCCGGCGCCUGCUGCUCUUCUUCCCGCGAUCUGGCGCGCCGGGCGAGCGCCUGCCGGCCACCGGGGCCCGGCGCUUUCGCCCGGUCCCCUGGGCGGCUUUCGGCUCGGUUGACGAGGAGGCCGCCCGGGCUGCCGGUCUCGGGUUUCUGCCCGGAGCCACCGAGCCCGGCUCUGCCAGCCCCCUGCCCGCUGGCCAGCUAAGUGACCUGGACUCCUCGGAUGACGAGGCCCCCGUCAGCUACGAGGAGCGCAGCGCCCUGCUCAAGUCGCUGCCCUCCUUCGGGGUGUACACCGACACCCAGCGCCGGCGCCGGCCUCAGCCCUUCCUGCUGGCGCACCGGCCACGCGGGGGCCUCUGUGGCCCGGUUGCCGCCGCCCCCGCUGGCCUUUUUGCCGAUGUGCUUGACAUCGACCUGCAUGCCAUCCUGGCCUCCCGGUCGCCCUUCACCCCUCCCGGCGGCACGGCGCACUUCCGGCUGAUCGGUGCUGGCGGAAGCACCAUCGUGCUCCUGGUCAAUGCUUGCCACAUCCUGUGUCUGUCGCUCGUCGAGGAGCCUUCCAGUGCGCUGGCCGCCGAGAUCCGGGCUUCGUCGCUGCUGCGAAAUGGCCGACCCGGCCGCGCGCCGCGCGCUUUCCCCGGGUUUGCCCUUGCCCCUGCCGGCAACCUGCGCAUUCAGCCCACCUGGGUGGACGUCGGCCGGCGCCUCCGCCGUCGACUGCCCAUGCUGCUGUCCCUGUCGGCCCUGGUGGCCGGGGAUGCCUUCCACCCGGGCGAUGCGCUUCCCCUGCUGACCGGUGGACCGGCCCUUGUGGUGUCGGCCGUCGUUGUCGGGGACUUCCUCUACCUGCUGACCGAUGGCGGUGUUCUGGCGGUGCUGUCCCUCUCCGGCGAUGUCAUCAUGGCGGUUCCGCUGGCGGCCCUGUCCUCGAGCCUACUCCGAGUGGUGGAGCCAAUCUCGACCUCACCCGCCGGGCCACUGCCGGCCCCGCUGAAUCAUGUGCCCCUUCUUGACCUGUCGGUGAGUGCCGACGGCUUGCGAGUGGUUUGCUGGCGUGUGGCCGACAGCGCCCUGGUCAGCCUCUGGGUGCCGGAUCUGCUGCAGCAUCAUCCUCUGACGGCGACCUUGUAUAUGCGCCUGCUUCGGCGUCGGAUUCUCCCGCGCGAACUCCACCAGCGUCUUGCCCAGGCAUAUGUCCUACAGGGGGCGGCCCUGGCCCAGGCGGCCCGGAUCGCGGCCCACACCGAGCACGGCUCCCCAACCAACAACCCCAGCCCGGGCGGUGCGCCGGUUUCCACCAAGACCCUGGCCAUCCCGGGCGCCAUGGCACACGGUGGCGACCGCACGGGCCCGGGCGGCUCGGCCCCCCAUCUGCACCGAGCCCUGUCCUCCUCCAUCACCGGGAGUGGCGGCAGCGCCGGCGGCGCAUUCGGCCUGAUGUCCUCCAGCCCGGGCAUGUUGUCCGUGUCGGUGGCCAGUGUGGAACUUGGCCGGACGGCCGGCUCCGGCUUCAGCUCCGGCUCCGACGACGAGGACAUCCACGGGGCCGAUGCCGCCUCCAUCGGCAGCCCCCACUCGCAGCGUUCGCACGGCGCCGACCCCGGCGAUGGUCCGGCUGUUGCCGCCUCGCGUUCCGAGCAGGGCCACCUGGCCAAGAGUCUCUUUAGUCUGGCCGGCCAACUGGCGGCCGACGACUUUGGCGGCCUCUCCUCCGAUGAUGAGGAUGACUUUUCCAUCGCGGGCGACGCCUUCUCGGCUGCCACCGGCCCGGGCGGUCAUGCUGGGGGUCCGGGCGGCCCGAGUGCGGCCGCCGCGGCGGCCGCCACCUCCGGCCGGACCAUGACCCGCUGGGAAUUCGGCGCGCUAGUACACGGGCCUGCUGCUGGUGCUGGUGAGGGCGACCUCGCCGACCGGCGAUCGGCCCUCGGCCAAGAGCUCCUUCCUCUCGUGGCGCCCGACCGAACGGUGGCCCGCAAGGUCCGGCAGAUUCUCGGCAGCUCGGCUCGCAGUUCCGUGGCCUCGGCCUUCAUUCUGGCCGAUUUGGAUGUUCGCCUGGCUGGCGGCUUGCCUGCGGCCGGGAGUGCGGUGGUCCCGGCGUCGCAGGGCAGCCAGUCUUGGCAGCCCCCGGCCGUUGCCUCCUUCGGCCUGGCGGUCUACCCGGCUGCCUUCUGGCUUGGUCGCCGGCUGGUGGCAUCCAUCCUGGAGGGUGGCAAUCCAAGUGGCAGCAGCAGCAGCAGCAGCAGCAGCUGUGUCGCCCCUGCCGCCCCUUCCUCCAGUGCAUCCGCCAUGACCACGGCCAGCGGCCUGCGCCAUCUUUCCCAGCUGUCCGGGGCCCUGUCACAGGAUGUCGCCGGCCCGGCGGCCCUGUCCGAUGGGGUCCCCUGCCUGCGGAGCUUGGCCGCUGCCAUUGCGCGUCUGUCCCCGGGCGGCUGUUCCUUCACGGAUUGCGACAUGGCCACCGUGAUCCUGGCCCACGCGGGCCAUGCGUGGCUCUUCUGGCUGCCGGCUCGGCCGGUCGAUGUGCGAGCCCUGCUGGCCGAUCGCCUGCCGGCUGCCACUCUGGCGCCAGUUGAGCGCCUGCCCGUGGGCACGGCGCUGGUCAGCAUCCAGCCCUUCCUACGGCCGGCCAUCGGCCAUGUGUUCGUCGAUGUGCAUGGCCUGCAAGUCCGCCUGCGGUCGGCGGCCGGGCCCGGCGCGGCCAUUGCCCCGCUGGCCCUCGGCGACCGCGGCCCCGAUGCCAGCUCGGCCCCGACCCUGGCCGGAGCCAACACCGCCGCGGCCGCCCAGCGUCUUCUGCACAAUCUGAUUGUCUUCGACCGGGCACGCGUGGCCGAUCGCGUUUGUGCCAUCAACCAGUGGGACCGGCGUCUGAUUGCCCUGCGCGCAUUGGCCCUCGGCCUGGCUCAUCGCCAGUUGGAUGCGGUGCGCACCGCCCUGGCCGACAUCCAGGGCGACCAGCUGUCCGAUGCGAUUGCCCUGUGUGUGGAGGCCCUCCGGGGCCUGGUGGCCGAAUCGACAGUCACCUCAGCCGAUGGCGAUGUCGGGCCCGGGCCCGGGGCCGGG